AAAACCAUACAAGAAAGAAAACGGUCAUUGUAUCGUCUAUUUUUCUCUCUCUCACUGAUAUAUAUUAGGGUUCUUCAUUGUCUUCAAUCAUCCCUUGGUGUUUUCAGAAAUGGGGGAAUCGCGGUUCAAGCAAUACACGUACAUCCCCCCAAAACCUCUACCCCUCUCCCCUCCCUGUGUAAUACCAAAACCCAACUCCUUCGACAUGAUCGGCAUCGAAAAAGAGAGCGUCUUCUUGUCUAUCCACGUCGAAGAGGAGAGCGUCUUCCCGGUCAUCGACGACGGCAUAUACCAACCAAAGACUAAGAGAACCCGUGCCGCCUAUGAAAAUCUCCUAAGCCUCAUCCAGCAGCCCGUCCCCGGUCAUCCACUCGCCGGUCAGCCGCUCAGUACAGUCAGGUUCGUCGCCGAUAAGAUUAUUGAAAUUCUCAAAAACGACGGCGUUAGUAUCCAUGACAAGAAGAUCAACAUUGACAUGCUUCUCAACCCUAUCCCUAACCAUGUUUUUGAUCAGCUUGUCUCAAUUGGUAAGCUUAUAACUGAUUUCUAUGGGUUUUCCGCCGGUCAUGUCGAUGGCGGCAUUGUAGACGGUGUCCGGAAUUUAUCCAUCUGCAGCAACAGAUAGAGCAUUAUGAUUAGUUACUGCAUCAAAAAAUUAUGUGAAUAGGUUGGUUAUUGCAACACUGGACCUUCUUUUUUGUUCAUUUUCUUUAGUAUGAAUUGAAUGGUGUCAAUUGUUACAUUGACUUACCAAAGUGUUCAUUUUCUAAUUUAGAAUGUUAUGUUAUUAUACCUUUUUAUAUGCUUUUCAUUA